AAGCUGUCCGUGCGCCCGAAGUUGGGAGCUCGCUCCUCAGUAGUAUUACGCGGAACCAGACCCGGCGAUCGGUUCUCCGUGCUGGGAGUGGGCCGAGGCGGCGAAAUGGCGCGGCGGACGGUGGUGGCGGUGGCUGUGAUGCUGGCAUGGGCGGCGGCGAUGGCUGUUUGUUGCUCUGGAGGCGACCCAUACGCGUUUUUCGACUGGAAUGUUGCAUAUAUGAAAGCGGCUCCGCUUGGAGUGGAGCAGCAGGUGAUAUCGAUCAAUGGCAAAUUUCCUGGACCCAUUGUCAAUGUGACAACCAACUGGAAUGUUGUGGUGAACGUCCUGAAUAGUCUGGAUGAGCCGCUCCUUAUUACUUGGGACGGGGUGCAGCAGAGGAAGAAUAGCUGGCAGGAUGGAGUUCUAGGAACAAAUUGUCCAAUUCCAGCGGGCUGGAACUGGACUUACCAGUUUCAGGUCAAAGAUCAGAUUGGGAGCUUCUUCUACUUCCCUUCAAUCAACCUCCAGCGUGCUUCUGGAGGGUUUGGAGGGUUCACGAUCAACAACAGGGAAAUUAUUCCGGUGCCCUUUGAUACGCCGCAUGGGGACGUCACUCUUUUUAUUGGCGAUUGGUUCAAUAAGAACCACACGGAUUUGAGGACGGAGCUUGAUCAGGGAAAGCCUCUUGGUAUUCCUGAUGGUGUGGUGAUAAAUGGCAAAGGUCCUUAUCGUUACAAUGCCACCCUUGUUCCGGCUGGUAUUGAUUAUGAGACCAUCAAUGUUCAGCCAGGGAAAACUUACCGACUCCGCGUCCACAAUGUUGGGAUAUUUACUUGUUUGAACUUUAGGAUUCAAUCCCACAACUUGCUUCUUGCCGAAACAGAGGGAUCAUACACUGUGCAACAAAACUAUACUAGUCUAGAUAUCUUUGUUGGGCAGUCAUACUCCUUCUUGGUAACUAUGGAUCAAAAUGCAAGCAGUGACUACUACAUUGUUGCGAGUGCUAGGUUUGUGAAUGGUUCAAAAUGGGAUAGAGUUGUAGGUGUUGCACUCCUACACUAUUCAAAUUCCAAAGGAAAAGCUUCUGGUCCUCUUCCCGAUUCUCCCAAUGACGUUUAUGACAAAACUUACUCAAUGAACCAAGCAAGAUCCAUCAGGUGGAAUGUCAGUGCAAGUGGGGCCCGCCCUAAUCCCCAAGGAUCUUUUAGAUAUGGUUCCAUCAAUGUGACCCAAGUGUAUGUCUUGAAAAACAAACCACCAGUUCUUAUUAAUGGAAAGCUCCGAGCCACACUUAAUGGGGUUUCAUAUUCUCCUCCGGAGACACCAUUGAGACUUGCUGACCUUUAUGACAAGAAUGGGAUUUACAAGCUUGAUUUCCCCACUCAUCCAGAUGCAAUAUCACCAAAAAUAGCAACUUCUGUAAUCAAUGGUACCUACAAGGGUUUCAUGGAAAUAGUCUUUCAGAAUAAUGACACUAAAGUUCAGAGUUAUCACCUAGAUGGAUACUCAUUCUUUGUCGUGGGGAUGGAUUAUGGUGAGUGGACUGAAAAUAGUAGGGGCACAUACAAUAAAUGGGACGGUGUGGCACGCAGCACGAUACAAGUUUACCCUGGAGCUUGGACUGCCAUCUUAGUCUCACUGGAUAAUGUGGGCACCUGGAAUUUGCGCUCGGAAGAUCUUGAUUCCUGGUACCUGGGACAGGAGACUUACAUCAGAGUCGUAAACCCUGAGAGCACCAACAGAACUGAAUUGCCUGUUCCAGACAAUGCUCUCUACUGCGGUGUCCUCAAGGACAUGCAAAAACCUCAGUCGCCUCAUGCCCAGGGCCCAAACUCCUCCUCUACAGUUCCUACUGGAAGUUUCAUCAUUUUGGCGGUGAUGUUGUUUUGGGCUUCAUUGCCGGUAUUUCUGUAACAGCACUUCGGAUAGGUUGCUGGGAGCUUUUUAGGCGCUUUAGAGCUGAGUUUAACUUUCAGGUUUGUUUGUUGUCUUUUAACUGUUUAAAUUUAGUCUCUUCUGAGCCUAAUUCAUUUUUUUUAAAGGACAU